CUGUGGUUGACUUCAGCCUUUACGGCUAUACACCACUGGUCAAGUUUGUGGCUGAAUUUCAGGAACAUUAAAUAACGAAAAAUAAUAAGGUCGCUACUAUGAUUGAAUUAUCUAGACAUUACAUAUGAAAACGAAAAUAAUGUACUCUAACAGCGCCUACCUACUGUUCCUAGUGAAGACGAUGCAACAAUAAAAAUGGCACCUGGUAAUAAAGAAAGACACCCAAACCAUACGGGUACCAUACCUAAAACUAAAGUUCGAAACAACUGCAAUGUUCCACAAGAAGCAGUGACUCCAACAAGACGAGAUAUGGCAUCAAAUUUGGUGACGACCUCUUUGGAUUGGGUACCUGUAUCAGAAUAUAACCCUAGAAGAAAUUCCAAUCAAUCCAGGAAGCAGACAAAUAAUACAUCUGACCAAGAAUUAAUUGAUCUGGAUAAUUCUGUUACUUUUGAAAGUGGAUUAGGCCGGUUUGUGCCAGUAAGACCCCAGCCCCGAGCCCACCAACCAACUGCACAAAAUAGAGAACACAUUAACUCUGUUGACCUCAACGAUGAUGCAAGCUCCUCAGGCUCUCACUCUCUGCAUCCCUACACACAUCAAAUGCAAAAUGGUUUGAUACCACACUCAAACCAUGCAGCGGCUGCAGUGAUGAUAGUUAACCCCACAACUCCAAAUGCUGUUGCAGGGAAUAUUACACAGUCAUUAAAUAAUCCAAACUAUAGGAGAAAAAAUUUAAUCAGAAACUUAAAUUUAAUAAGAUCAAAUCACAAUAUGUUUGAGGGCAAUAUCAAUACAAAUAAUAAUAAUGCAGCUCCAUCAAACUCAAACCCACAGAAUGGAACUAAGACAAUAAAUGUGAUGAACAACAUGUAUGAUCAAGGACUUGCAGGUUUCAGCAAUUCUAAUGAAAGCAAUCAUUCACAUAGGGAGUCCGCCCGUGCCUUGGGUGAAGCAAUUGCGGCUACCUGCCCUGAUGCUGAGGCUGUUGAAAGGAGACUUGGCCAGAUAAGGGAAUACAUUCGAGUUACUUCAACACUUGUUGACACUAUGCGUAAUUCAGAAGAUGAGGCCUUUAUUGAACAUACCAAAGAAGAAUAUGAUGAAUUGUUACAAAUGAUAAUGAAAUUAAGAGAAAGUGAGAAAAAAUUAGAAAAUUUGCUACUCCAGAAGACAUCUGAUAUGUUAGAAUCUCUAGCUGAAAGUGAUGUUCAGUCUUCUAAUAACAACAAUAAUAGUAAUGAAAUCCGAAACCAAGUUGAUGUCCAAGAUAAUGUAGCAAAUCAAGGAACACAUCCACACAAUGUGAAAAAUAACAAUGAUUCAAGAUCUGCUUGUAACAGUCAUCUCAAAAAAGUGACAAAUUUGGAAAAUCAGCAGCUCAAUAAGAAUUUGAUGUCUAAACCAAAAGAUGAAGUGCAAACUGUUGCGGAAGAGACAAUUAAACAUGAAGAAUCACAUGGAGUUGAAAUCGAAGAAAUAGAAUCAAGACCCUAUUUUGAAACUCAAUCAGAUAAAGAUGAUCAACAUUUAAAUGAAGUUUUAAGAAAAAAUAUAACGUCGUGUGUUGAGAAAAUUGCUAUUAUUGAGGAAAUUAAGAAUAAAGCUAAAGAUUCUAACACCAACAACGGCAAGCAAGUUUUGUUGGAUGUUGUUGUACGUCCUGUAUCUGUACAGAGCAAUGCAUCAGCUUACAGCGACAACGAACUGUGGCAAAAUGAAAUAAAGAAUAAAGUAGAACGAUCGCAAAUGCGAUUGAACACCCUCAAACAACAUCAAAAGAGACUGCUAAAAUAUCAGCAGGAAGCAAAACAGCAGUUAGAAGAACUUAAUAAAGAGAGACAUAAUCAAGAAAUGCAUCAGCCAUCCACAUCUCAUGAGAGCUUUAAUGGAAUGCAGAAUAUGUCAAUGAAUGCUAACUACAUACAUCCCAACCGAAUGUAUGCAGCUAAUCAGAUUGGUGUUGCCACAACUCUACAACAGAACACGGAUGGCCUUCAAAUGCAAAUUGCUAAUAAUGUUGACAGUGAACAAAACCGAUCACGUUCAAACAAUACUCAAGAAGAGAGGUUCUUGCUUCGUGAUCAUAAUAUUGUCAGCAAUGAGGGUUUGGGUGGCGGCCGCGAUAGCGAAGCUGAAGAAGACGAGGGUGAUAUCCAGGAACGUGGGCUCAUGUUGCAGCAGAAGCUACGGGAGUUGCAAAUGAAGAAGCAGCAUAUGGAGAAUGUUUUGACAGAAUUUAAAAACCUGCGAAUGUCUGCUGGGCUGGGAGAGUCACAGAACACAUAUUCAAGUUCGGGUGAAGACAGUGGCGAUGAAGAAGCAUCAGGAAAAUGUAAUAAACCGGUUGUUAAUUUACCCAAUGAAGAUCCAUUUAAAGCUAUGGAAAUAAAAGCGAUAAAGGCAGCUCUACAAAAAACACAAGAUCUCAUGAGAUCAGUGGACACAUUUGAAGCUGAUCUCUUAUCCGGAGUCCGGGAUGAGUCGUACCUCAUGCCAAGCCAUUCCAAUUUACAUGACAAUAAAUCGGAAGGUGGUGGAAGUAUGGGUGGGUGGUCAAACGACGGCAGCAUGUAUCGUGUGAUGAACGCGUUGCCGCAGCGACACAAGUUCACCAAUGAACAGCAAUUGCAGCAGCAACAGCUACCAAUUCAGCAACACCACAAUAUGCAGCAAAAUACUCAGCAAAGUCACGAAGCAAACUUAAAUUCACUUCAGGAGUUAGCUAACGAGCUGCGCAUGGAAACUGAGAAGAUAAUCGGGGAACGUGCAAGAAUUAAAGAAUUGGUCACCAGUAAGGAAGUGAGCCGAAAGCAGAAGAAGGUGAAUGAGGAGGGCGGGGCGCGGGGCACGUCCCCGGGGCCGAGCGAGCGGCGACAGAUGCAGCUGAGAGCCUUGCUGGCGGACAAGCAGCGGGAGCUGGAGGAGCUGCUGAACAAGCAGGUAAAAAAUACGGUGUCCGAAGCAACAAAUGCAACACCGGAUGCUCUCGAAAUUUCUGCUAUUAACCAAUCAUAUAAUAGUGAACAAGAGGAAGUUGUGUCCCAUUCCGAGAAUAUACAAAUGGAUACACAAAAUUUAAGAGAUGGAACGGACAAUUUUCGAGGCGGCGGAGACAGUGUGUUGGGCGCCCGAUCCAUCAACACGGCUCCUUCCCAGCUGGCGAGCACGUACUGUAGCGACACUGACAGUGCCUCGCGAGUGUUGUCCAACCAGCGCGGACGGACGCGGCGAAGACCCACACAAGAUCGCCUCGUCGAAGACACCGCAUUGCCGCAACAAAAUACAUCGAGUCCUAACACCCGCCAUGAACCUCGGAUGGAUACCACCAAUGUGAACGCCGUGCCGCCGGUGAUGCAGAACAUUGAAAAUGCGACGAAUGUGCAGUAUCCUUACCACCCUCCUCCGGCCUGGAACGCUAAGUCGAAUCAGGAUAUGCGAACAAAUCAGUUCACACAAAACAGUCAGUCGCAGACUAUGGACCGUCUGAUGACGUCACAGAUACCGUUCCCGACAAUGCCCUUCAAUAUGAUGAUGCCAUACGCAGGUAUGAUGUGCGGGUGUAGUUGCGGCUGCAGCGCUUGGGGCGCCUGGUGCUGGCACCAACUGGCGCUGCAUCAGCGAGAGAUUCACCAACUGCGUGAUCAGCUCGACCAGUUGGAAGCACGGUGGCGGUCGGAGCCAGGCUCGCACACUCUCAACAACCAAGUACCGCCCGGUAACCGAGCUAACAACUACUGGGAUAACUUUAGAAGUUAUUCUCGGCAAAAUCUUCUAUCUACAAAUAGCAAGACUAACGCCGACAGCCACUUAGGUGUUGGUCCGCCGCACAACCCCCACCCGCUGGUGGACCGCUCUCACAACACUCUCAACCACAUAUCUUCUUCUUCCACGUCCCCCUCCGUGACACCCAAGCGUAACACCAACGUAAACGCCUCGUCACACCCCGUACUGAAUCAGCCUAACCCCGACAUCCCGGCGCCGAUCAGGGCUUCGAGAAGAAACGUCAGCUACGAACGAUCGCUGUCCUUCUCGUCCGCGCCCGACGUCCUGAACCUCAACCAACACUCCGAGGAGGGCGGCCCUCCGCGCAACGCAGACGAGACCAACGCAACUACCUCUAACGUGAACCGACCAGAACCCGCGCCCAACGCGCUAAGAAACACUCUGAAUAUCUCUAACCCGAUACCAGAAAUCAUUCAAGCUCAUUCCAAUAAUCUUAACGUCACCAAGAACAGCAAGAAGAAAUCCUCUUCUAAGUUACCUUCCAAGAAUUCGGCUAACAGAAGAAAUUACAAUAUGUUGGACUACUCGCAAAUCAGCAAUGUAAAUAUAGCGAGCACUUCCGAGCCGUCGAACGCAAAUCCUAACUUGGCUUCGACUAGUCGCGAAAUUGAUGACAAGGCGACGUCAAAACUGUUCGAUUUGCUUCGAGAGAAUAUUUACUCGGAAGUAACAAACCUGAUCGGCGUGAACGAAUCUCACCCGGACUUUCUGAUCCAAUUAUUUAAAGAAUUAAAAUAUAUUAGUUCCGAUCCUCUCAGGCAGAAAGUGCUCAAUUCUGUUCGAAAUAUUCUAUCUCAGUACUGCCCCGCGGUCGAUAGUCAGAUGUGCGAUACGACGCGAGAGGACUACGCUUUAGACACGGCUACGACAUCUCAAGAAACAAACAACGUGCAUGAAACGCAUAGCGAAUAUAAUGGUUCCCUUCAGAUGGACAACAGAAUAGUUCGCUUUCUGUUACAAAAUCAUGAAGAGGUAUUCACCAUUGAGCUUCUCAAGUCCUUGGUAAAAGUGAUUGUCGACAACCCUGCUGAUAAAAAACAUAACAAGAAAAUUUUUGAAAUGCUCAUGAAGUACGAAAGCAUGCGAGUGUGCGACGUAUCCAGCGAAAUUAUAAGCAACUUAUCACUCAUGAUGGACAGUAAUGACGUGGAAGAAUCUACGAACCACACGAGCGAGAUGUCUGAAUCAUCAAUAUUGCAAGAUGUAGCUGGCUCGUUAAAUUUGUUUAGUUCCAGUGAGACCCAGCUACAUCAAAUAAAUACUUGUCCUUACGAUAUGUGGUCGACACGCGUGCAAAUGGACAUUGACAAUGGAGACAUUAACGAUAAUAAUCAGGAAGGGAAGGUUGACUUGCUAAAUUGUUCAGAGAUGCAUAACGAAGACCUGGCGGAAGCGGAUCAAACCUGCCGCUCCGAUAUUAGCGAGAGCUUGAGUAACAGGCAGGAUGAGAGUCAGGGAAAUGCCGAGGCAUUGCCAGACGUCGUCGACAAUGAGGAAGUCACCCCCACUGAGGCUGAAGCAGAAUGGCUCGGACUUGACCGUGUGCCAACAAGGCUGCAUAUGGAAGAUUCAUCUGAAAAACAGAAAGGUGAUGUUAAUAUUUUAUAAAAACGGAGCACACACUCAAUACGGCCAGCCUAAAUUAUAGACAAGCAUAUAAUGAUUGAGUGAAUCCUGAAAUAAAAAUUAUUUAAUUAGUUCUUCUUAACAGCGCCUGCAACAGAAAGAAAUAAUAAACACAA